GGCCCCCAGGCGGGGCUGGGCAGGGCAGGUCUGCGAGUCGGGCAGAGCCGGUCCCACUGCGCUGGGGGAGAGAAGGAAGACGAGGGGAGGAAGAAGCUGCUGGCCGGACCCACAAUGAAAACGCUCCUUUUGUUGCUGGUGCUCCUGGACCUGGGACAGGCCCACGGAUCACUUCACAGGGUGCCCCUCAGGAGGCAUCCGUCCCUGCGGAAGAAGCUGCGGGCUCGGAGCCAGCUCUCUGAGUUCUGGAAAUCCCAGAAAUUGGACAUGAUCCAGUACACCAAGUCCUGCUCAAUGGACCAGAGCGCCAAGGAGCCCCUCAUCAACUACUUGGAUAUGGAAUACUUUGGCACCAUCUCCAUCGGCUCCCCACCACAGAACUUCACUGUCAUCUUCGACACCGGCUCCUCCAAUCUCUGGGUCCCCUCCGUGUACUGCACCAGCCCGGCCUGCAAGACACAUGCCAAGUUCUACCCUUCCCAGUCUGACACCUACAGCCAGUUGGGGCAACAUUUCUCCAUUCAGUAUGGAACCGGGAGCUUGUCUGGGAUCAUUGGAGCUGACCAAGUCUCCGUGGAAGGACUGACCGUGGCUGGCCAGCAGUUUGGAGAAAGUGUCACAGAGCCAGGCAACACCUUUGUGGAUGCAGAGUUUGAUGGAAUUCUGGGCCUGGGGUACCCCUCCUUGGCUGUGGGAGGGGUGACCCCAGUGUUCGACAACAUGAUGGCUCAGAAUGUGGUGGAUCUACCAAUGUUUUCUGUCUACAUGAGCAGUGACCCGGAGGGUGGUGCCGGGAGCGAGCUGAUUUUCGGAGGCUAUGACCACUCCCAUUUCUCUGGGAGCUUGAACUGGGUCCCGGUCACCAAGCAAGGCUACUGGCAGAUUGCACUGGACAACAUCCAGGUGGGAGGCUCUGUGAUGUUCUGCCCCGAGGGCUGCCAGGCCAUUGUGGACACAGGGACCUCCCUCAUCACUGGCCCUUCUGACAAGAUCAAGGAGCUACAAAAGGCCAUUGGGGCAGCACCGGUGGAUGGAGAAUACGCCGUGGAGUGUGCCAACCUCAACGUCAUGCCGGAUGUCACCUUCACCAUCAAUGGAGUCCCCUACACCCUCAGUCCAACUGCCUACACCGUGCUGGACCUAGUGGAUGGAAUGCAGUUCUGCAGCAGUGGCUUUGAAGGACUUGAUAUCCAGCCUCCAAGUGGGCCCCUCUGGAUCCUGGGGGAUGUCUUCAUUCGACAGUUUUAUUCGGUCUUUGACCGCGGGAAUAACCGUGUGGGCCUGGCCCCAGCAGUCCCCUAAGUAGGGGCCUUGUGUCUGUGCCUGCCUGACACCCCUGGGGCCUGUUAGGUUGGAGCAUUCUUUACACCUGUCAAAAAGUUGUUUUUCACAGAAUGCUGUUGUUCCCAGAGUUACAGCUUGACUCAGGACCAAACAGAGCAUGAGAACACACCCUAACACACACACACAUAUGCACAUGCACAGCCUCACACACAUUUCACAUAUGCAUACCGACCCCACCACCACCGUGAUGGAAGAAUUAAGUUGUGUGUCCGUAUCUUUGAUUGCUCUGUUAGCUUUUUAUUAUGGAAAUCCCCAAACAUGCACAAGCAGAGGUCAUAGUACAAUAAAUCCCUAUGCGCCUCCACCCAGCUUUGACAACCUACCCACACGUGGCCAGGCGUGUUUUAUCUACACUGCCGCCUGCUCCUCUCCCCAGCUCCUAAAACUGCACCUGGAUUGUUUUGAAGCAAAUUCCAAGUAUCACAUCAUUUUGUCCCCAAAUACUUCAAACAUCCUUAAAUAUGCAGUCAAUAUUCAAAUGUCUCCCAUUGUCUCAUAAAUGUUUGGCUGUUCUGUUUUUUACAGUUGGCUUGUUUGUAUCAGGAUGUAAACAAGGUCCAUAAAUUGCAUUUA